GGUAUAAAGGCUCAGGGUCAGCCCCCAGCCUGGGCACUGUCAGCAGCUCCCAGCGACAGCCACCGACCCCCAAGCCAGCCAGCCACCCCGCUCAACCAUGUCUAUCCAGAAGAUCCAUGCCCGUGAGAUCCUUGACUCUCGGGGGAACCCAACAGUGGAGGUCGAUUUGCACACCGGCAAGGGCCGCUUCAGGGCUGCUGUGCCCAGCGGUGCCUCCACCGGCAUCUACGAGGCCCUGGAGCUCCGGGAUGGCGACAAGGCCAGGUACCUGGGCAAAGGAGUGUUGAAAGCUGUGGAACACAUCAACAAGACCAUCGCCCCCGCCCUGAUUGAAAAGAAGCUGAGUGUUAUUGAACAGGAGAAAAUCGACAAGGUCAUGAUUGACUUGGAUGGAACAGAGAACAAAUCGAAGUUCGGGGCCAACGCCAUCUUGGGGGUCUCCCUUGCUGUUUGCAAGGCUGGGGCGGCUGAGAAAGGGGUCCCCCUCUACCGCCACAUUGCAGACCUGGCUGGGAACAAGGAGCUCAUCCUUCCAGUGCCCGCCUUCAACGUGAUCAAUGGGGGCUCCCAUGCCGGGAACAAGCUGGCCAUGCAAGAGUUCAUGAUCCUGCCCGUGGGGGCAAGCACCUUCAAGGAGGCCAUGAGGAUCGGGGCCGAAGUCUAUCACAACCUGAAGGCUGUCAUCAAGAGCAAGUACGGCAAGGAUGCGACCAAUGUCGGGGAUGAGGGUGGCUUUGCCCCCAACAUUCUGGAGAAUAAUGAAGCCUUGGAGCUGUUGAAGAGUGCCAUCGAGAAGGCUGGCUACCCUGACAAAGUGGUCAUAGGCAUGGAUGUGGCGGCCUCUGAAUUCUUCCGCAAAGGCAAAUACGACCUGGAUUUCAAGUCCCCCGAUGACCCAAACCGUUACAUCUCCGGCGAGAAACUGGGAGAGCUUUACCAGAGCUUCAUCAAGAACUAUCCUGUUGUUUCCAUUGAGGACCCCUUUGACCAGGACGACUGGGAGACCUGGACAAAGUUCCUGACCCAGGUGCAGAUCCAGAUUGUGGGAGAUGACUUGACAGUCACCAACCCCAAGCGCAUCCAGCAGGCCGUGGAGAAGAAGGCGUGCAACUGUCUCCUACUCAAGGUCAACCAGAUCGGCUCCGUCACCGAGUCCAUCCAGGCCUGCAAACUGGCCCAGAGCAAUGGCUGGGGGGUCAUGGUGAGCCACCGUUCUGGGGAGACAGAAGACACCUUCAUCGCUGACCUAGUUGUGGGGCUCUGCACAGGGCAGAUCAAGACUGGAGCCCCCUGCCGGUCAGAGCGUCUGGCCAAGUACAACCAGCUGAUGAGGAUCGAAGAACAGCUGGGAGACCAAGCACACUUCGCCGGGCGCAAAUUCCGCCACCCUCUGGCCAAGUAAAAGAAGCUUCUGGCCCACAGCCCCACCCCGGGGGCAGAGUGCUCCAGGGAGUCCCCCCUCCCCCCUCCUGGAAUGUGGCCCUGCUUUGCACCCAAAAGGCUGCCACAGUCAACAUCAGCAGCUGCCGCCGCCACCAGAGCUGGCUGGAUUUCAUCCUCUUUCCAGUUCAGGGUCUUCUGUGAACCCAGCUGCAGCACAGCUGUGGAGCCUCUCCACCCCCACUGGGGCCCCAAAUAAAAAGGCCGUUGUGCAAGAGCAA